AUGGAAAUUGAAAUGAGCCGGCUUAUCAUACAGCUAGGCGGAAAAAAGAGAAAGUAGAAAGAGAAAGAAAGAAAGAGUAAGAAAGAGAAAGUAGAAAGAGAAAGAAAGAAAGAGAAAGUAAGAAAGAGAAAGAAAGAGAAAAAGAAAGAAAGAGAAAGUAAGAAAGAGAAAGUAAGAAAGAGUAAGAAAGAGAAAGUAAGAGAAAGUAAGAAAGAGAAAGUAAGAAAGAGAAAGAAAGAGAAAGUAAGAGAAAGUAAGAAAGAGAAAGUAAGAAAGAGAAAGAAAGAGAAAAGAAAGAAGAAAGAAGAAAGAGAGAAGAAAGAAAGUAAGAGAAAAGAAAGUAAGAAAGAGAAAGUAAGAGAAAGAGAGAAAGUAAGAGAAAGUAAAGAGAAGAGAAAGAAAGAAAGAGAAAGUAAGAGAAAGUAA